AUGUAGUCAUGUCGUAAGCGUUCACUGUUUUGACCCGGGCCAUUCUUUGAACUGCAUACUCACUGCAUGAAUCCCAGAGAGGUAUCGGUACCACCAUUGUUUAAAGCUCUAGUUUCAGUUCUUUGAUGUUCAAGCAAGCUUGAUUGACUAUAUAAGGAGCACCCCAACCGAAAGUAAGGACAAUCAUCAGACACAAGUCACAGAUCUACUCAUUCUUCAGUAGAAAGUACCUCUCAAUUCGCACCACUACCCCCUGAUCUCACAAAUAAAAUGUUGAAGAAUAUUGCAACUUUCGUCAUCUUGGCCGCGGCUUUCGUCAAGGGUUUCCCCGUUGUGGAUAAUACUGCCGUUGAACUUGGUGCCCGCGAUGUCGAGGUGAACACGCGUGACGCUUUCGUAAGCGAGGAGCGUGACAUCGAAGCCCGUGCGUUGGUGAACCUUACAGGUUUUGCAGACUUUGAGGCAAUAGACACCAGCGGACUUGGUAUAAAUGAAAUUGGUUACUACGGAGGUCUUUUCUGGAGAGGUAUUGCUGCCGUCAGUGCUGGUAACGGCGGCCUUCUCGCUGCCAUUCGGCCACGGUCACCGACUAAUGUGGGCGCCUUCGGAGCGCUUACCAGAUUGCUUAACGGUAGAGCCUUCAUCACGUCUAGAUUCUUUGGAUCUAGAACCCAGAGCUUCGGCAUCAGCUCGUUUUUCUUCGGCUGCAACGGCGCUGCGCUUACACUUCCCGUGAGCUGCAGAAUUGCAGUUGCUGGUUACGACAGCCUUGACAGGCUCGUGGCUUACCAGACGUUCACCUUCAACCCCACUGACACAGUUAUAUCCAACAUGCAACCUGCGAUACUCAGAAGCUCCUUUAGCAGUGGUCUCACCACCAUUAGACUGGCUACGGACUACGACGGCCUCAAUGUUCUGGGUUCGACUUCCUUCGACAACAUCAGGUACACUAUCAUCCAGGACAACUCUGCCACCCUUGCCCCCACUGGCCGCCCUAUCAACCCUAUCGACCCUACAGUCCCCGCUCUUACUGUCAACCCUACCCUCAUCAUCUAGGGUUUGUUAAGCGCUUACAUCCAUUGUCUAUGGGGAUGAAGCAGAGAUUUUAAUAUUCUUCUGGUAACUUGCAUGGAUGAUUCACUACUACGACGCUUUUAUUGCUACGGCAAAGUAGCUAAACAUCUAGCAAGUCUUAGAUGCUUGAAUGAGUAUGAUGUCAUGAAGUAUGAUCUUGCUCGCCUACAGUGCGCCCCUUGCGCGAAUCUUUUAUUCAGACAGGCCAGUCAAUACACUCUUUUCUUUCUACCAAGUAUUAUUGAACACGAUGUUGAGUGAUACAUAUGUACCAAUCCUAUUUACAUCGUGAACCAGUUCCUUGCAACAGUACUAAAGAUGAGC